AGCCACCGCCGCCAUGGCUCAGUACAAGGGCGCUGCGAGCGAGGCGGGCCGCGCCAUGCAUCUGAUGAAGAAGCGGGAGAAGCAGCGCGAGCAGAUGGAGCAGAUGAAGCAGCGGAUCGCUGAGGAGAACAUAAUGAAAUCCAACAUCGACAAGAAGUUCUCCGCACACUACGAUGCUGUGGAGGCAGAGCUCAAGUCCAGCACUGUGGGUCUGGUGACCCUGAAUGACAUGAAGGCUAAGCAGGAGGCCCUGGUGAAGGAGCGGGAGAAGCAGCUGGCCAAGAAGGAGCAGUCCAAGGAGCUGCAGCUGAAGCUGGAGAAGCUGCGAGAGAAGGAGCGUAAAAAAGAGGCGAAGCGGAAGAUCUCGAGCCUGUCGUUCACACUUGAGGAAGAAGAGGAGGGAGCCGAGGAGGAGGAGGAGGUGGCUAUGUAUGAGGAGGAGCUGGAGAGGGAAGAGGUUAUCACGAAAAAAAGGAAGUUAGGGAAGAACCCAGAUGUGGACACAAGCUUCUUGCCUGACCGAGACCGUGAGGAGGAGGAGAACCGGCUCCGGGAAGAACUGCGACAAGAGUGGGAAGCCAAACAAGAGAAGAUAAAGAGUGAGGAGAUUGAGAUCACCUUUAGUUACUGGGAUGGCUCUGGUCACCGGCGCACAGUCAAGAUGAAGAAAGGCAACACUAUGCAGCAGUUCUUGCAGAAGGCCCUGGAGAUUCUGCGCAAAGACUUCAGCGAGCUCAGGUCAGCAGGGGUGGAGCAGCUUAUGUACAUCAAGGAAGACUUGAUCAUACCUCAUCACCACAGCUUCUAUGACUUCAUCGUCACCAAGGCCCGAGGGAAGAGUGGACCGCUCUUCAAUUUCGACGUUCAUGAUGACGUGCGGCUGCUGAGUGACGCCACUGUGGAGAAGGACGAGUCCCAUGCCGGCAAGGUGGUGCUGAGAAGCUGGUACGAGAAGAACAAGCACAUUUUCCCAGCCAGCCGCUGGGAGCCCUAUGACCCUGAGAAGAAGUGGGACAAGUACACGAUCCGGUGA